UAUCACGAUUCACAUCGAGCUUUUUUUUUCUUUAACCAGCUGAGGGGGGGUGCUGAACAGGGCAAUUUGAAGCCAGGACCAGCUCUAGCAGCUGCUGUUUUUUAAUACGUAUUUUUUUUACGCUUUCAUUUCAUUUCGUUGCGUCUCAUUUUUAUAAAUUUAUUUGAAGGAAAAAAAAAUUGGGUACACAAUGAAAGCCAAUGCAUUUCGGGUGCAUUCGUGCUGCUGGCUGGGACUAUGAUUUAUCAAUGCUCGCAGCUUUGUUCUCAUGACACAGUUGCACUCAUUCAGUCUCAUCCAAACAGGAGCGAGCGGUGAUUUGUCUUUAACUUUCUUGCAUCUUGGACGAUUCUAGCUGCAGCAGGUACUUUCUGCACUUGAGCGGCUGUCCUGCUGUGUGUAGGUGUUGAAGCAGCCAUGUGGAGCAGAGAGAGCGCUCCUCUACUUCUCAUCUGCCUGCUGGCGCUCACAGCUCUCUGGAAAACCAGGUCAGUGAAUGCCGAUGCUGCAUCUGAUGCCUUUAAAACCAACAUCACGCUGUUCACACGGAUCCUGGAUAGCCUGCUGGAUGGAUAUGACAACCGUCUACGGCCAGGUCUCGGGGACAGGAUAACUGAGGUGAAGACAAACAUCUACGUCACCAGCUUUGGACCAGUUUCAGACACAGACAUGGAGUACACCAUAGAUGUUUUCUUCCGGCAAAGCUGGAAGGAUGAGAGGUUGAAAUUCCACGGACCAAUGAAUAUUCUGCCUCUCAACAACCUGAUGGCGAGUAAAAUCUGGACUCCGGACACCUUCUUCCACAAUGGGAAAAAGUCUGUGGCUCAUAACAUGACCAUGCCUAAUAAACUGUUGAGGAUCAAAGAUGACGGGACACUGCUGUACACCAUGAGGUUAACUGUGCAUGCAGAGUGCCCAAUGCAUCUGGAGGAUUUCCCCAUGGACUUUCAUUCCUGUCCGCUAAAAUUUGGCAGCUAUGCCUACACAAUCUCCGAAGUGACUUACGCUUGGACUCGAAAUGCUUCUGACUCUGUGGUGGUGGAAGGACAAAGCUCCCGCCUGAACCAGUAUGACCUGCUUGGACAAACAGUCGGACAAGAAACUAUCAAAUCAAGUACAGGUGAAUACGCGGUGAUGACAGCUCAUUUCCAUCUGAAGAGGAAGAUUGGCUACUUUGUCAUCCAGACGUACCUCCCAUGCAUCAUGACAGUCAUUCUUUCCCAAGUGUCAUUCUGGUUGAACAGAGAAUCAGUGCCGGCCAGGACUGUGUUUGGUGUAACCACUGUUCUCACUAUGACGACACUGAGUAUCAGUGCGAGGAACUCCCUUCCCAAGGUUGCCUACGCCACUGCCAUGGACUGGUUCAUCGCUGUCUGCUACGCUUUCGUCUUCUCCGCUUUGAUUGAGUUUGCCACCGUCAAUUACUUCACAAAGCGUGGCUGGGCUUGGGAUGGAAAGAGUGUUGUGACUGACAAGAAAAAAGAGAGGGCAUCUGUCGUCAAGAAGAAUAACGCCUACGCUGUAGCAGUGGCCAAUUACGCACCGAACAUCACCAAGGACUCCGGCACGCUUCCAACUAUUGCCAAAGGUGGAGCUUCGGAUCCUAACAAGCCCAAAGCAGAUGGCAAAGCCCCGGACAGCAAGAAGACAUUCAACAGCGUCAGCAAAAUUGACAGGAUGUCAAGGAUUUUGUUUCCAGUUCUCUUUGGGACCUUCAACCUCGUCUACUGGGCCACCUACUUAAACAGAGAACCCAUUAUAAAAGACAUGGUCCACUCUAAUUAGAGGCCAGUUUUUAAUGGGUUCUGGUCUGGGGACUAAGAGACGAACCAAAUACCUCCAGCAACUGUGUACACAUACCUUUGCAGAGUGAAGUCCUGGAUUGCAGUGUGAUCCUCUAUCUCCGCCUGUUUUCUACACCGUCUGCAGCACUUUUGAAAAGCCCGGCUUUUGUAAAUGUGUAUGUAUAUUUAUAUUCAUGGUUUCAUGGUGACAUAUUGUGUGAUUACUUCAGUUAGAGUGCAUAUUUCCUUGAAAGUAUGUUUCCAGUUACAGUAUGUGGCCACUGUACAUACAAAUCAAAUGAAGAGUAAACACAUGAACACAUACAUUUUAUUUAAGAUUUCUUCUAAAUGUGUUGAAUUUUGCUGGUAAUGCCCACUCUCUUGAUAUUACAGUAAAUAUUUUUGUUUUGAGUGAAAGGGACUGAUUUUACCAUAUUUCCUACUUUUUUUGCCAUCUAAGAGUGGCCUGACUCUUUUUUGUUUUCUGUCCAAGCCAAUGCAAAAACACACUUGUAUAAUAUUGUUACAGUGUAAAAGUUGUUUUAUUAUCUGUGACUGCAGGUAUGGGGCUGCAAUCAAACACUGACCUCCAAAGUUACUGAAACACACCAUGCCAAAAAGGUGGUCAAAAAUACAGAGAAAGCUGCAACAUUAGUUUUCUUGUGCAUGGAAUAGCCUACCGUUUAUUGCUGCCACUUUCAAGUCUGCACUGCUAUAAUUUGGAAUUCACCAUUCCUAAGUCCCACCCCCCACAGUUACUGUUGCUAGGUUGGGUAAGCUUGACAAAAAGAAACAUGGUGACAGCGUUUUUGUUUAGCCAGAUACUGCAGUGUUUAUUAGAUGCUUUCUGGGAGUCAGGCAAUACAGCUUCUAGAAGCUGACAGCAAAGACUACAGUAUGCAAUGGAAUAACAUAUUUAUGAUGUUAACUUUUACAAACAAAGCAAAACAAGGUAAAAUUGAGGCUUCUAGUCUCACUGAAAAAAGGAGAAGUAAAGACCGAGAAUGACAAGACUAUCAGCCAACAUUGCUCCUACAUUGCCGGUUAUGUGUCCCUUCUUCCCCUUCUGGGGAUCAGUAAAGUACUCAGUGUAUUUAUUACUGAAUAUGGACCAUGGUGUUGACCUAACAUUGGUCUCUCUUUACUACUCUUUACUCUCUAGACCACUGCAGCUGGCUAUGGAGAGCUAUGGUGGUAGGUAUUCCUAAACUAGACUGAUUGUAAAGAAGAUUGUGCAGAUUCUGCAACCACAUCAGAUUUGGUUUUCUUUUCAACAUUUUUAACUAACACAUAGCACAUUGAAGAGUAACAGGAAAUGGGAAAGUUGACCACGGCUUUGCGGGGCACCCAGCUUGCUCAACUGUUGAACUGUUGGAAAAAGGGGGGGGACUUAGGAAGGGUCAAUUAAGGGUCAAAUAUUUUUUGAAAAACUAAUGCGAAUACAUUUACGUACAUUGAGAAGUAGAGAAAGAAACAAGAAAAAGAAUUACAAAAGAGGCACAAAGUUUGUGUUUAGGUGUUAAAUGAUAAGCAGUUAAAUAAUGAAUGGUUAACUUACUGAAUUAGACAAAGCUUUGAAAGGUAUAUUUAAACAUGUAUGCUGUCAUGUUUUGUUAGCGUGGACAGUUUACAAAAAAAAUAUCUAUUUGUAAUACUUAAACGUUGUUGAUUUUUUUUUUUUUUUUUUUACAAAA